AUGCCAUCCAUAGAGAUGACCAGUCCUUGUAUGGAAUGCAAGAAUGAGGAAUCAAUCCUCACUAUCCGAAGAAGAGCUUUAUGCAGUAACUGCUUCCAGCGAUUCGUCGCAUAUAAAGUCAUCCGGCGCAUCGAGCAUUAUAAGCCCACGAUCAACAAUAACCCCAUCCCCCAGAUCCUCCUCCCCCUAUCUCUUGGGGUAUCCUCGUCUGUCCUGCUCCACAUCAUCGACUCGGUCACACAAGUCCGGCGCCGGAAGCCAAAUACGAACAAGGCCUACGAUCUUCAUGUCCUCGUAGUUGACCCCACGAGCCUGUCGCCCAGCGACAGGACUUAUGAGACGAACUUCUUGGCCGCUAAAACCAAUUUUCCUAGCGCGACUACAUUCACGAAGAUCCCUUUCCACAGCAUUUUCGAAUAUGCACCCGACAUGAAGCAGAUUAUGCUCGAAUAUGCAGGCCCAGGGUUCGUGGAUGACGCUUCAAGGUCGAAUGAGGAACGCUUGACAGCUUUUCGGAGUACUAUUACCUCGGCGACCUCGAGGAAGGACCUCGACUCGGUCCUUUUGACCCGAUUAGUGGUCGCGUAUGCCAAACAUAUCGCCUGCGAGGCCAUUCUUUGGGGCGACUCCGAUAGUAGAUUGGCAGCAAAGACACUCGCUGGUGCGGCGAAAGGCCGCGGAGCUUCAUUGACGUGGCAAGUCUCGGACGGAAUGUCGCCAUGGGGCGUGCGGUUCGAAUUCCCUCUGAGGGAUCUAUCUAAGCCAGAGUUGCUACAAUACGCAGGCAUUAGUGAAUUGCUCGAGGGCGUGAUCAUACCGGAAGAGCCCAUAUCCGACAAUAUUCUUACCAAAAACUUGUCAAUUGAUGACCUGAUGAUGCGCUACGUCGUGACCCAGGGUGAGAAAUACCGGGGUGUCAUGGCCAAUGUGUCACGGACAGCGAACAAACUUGAGCCGGCGAAGGGAGUCGAUGAUCAAUUCUGCUCUCUGUGUGGAGCUCUGACAGGGAACGUUAAAGGCAAUGAUGCUGGCCUUACUGUUGCAAGCCAAUUUGGCAACAGUCAAGGCUCGUUUUGCUACGGAUGUAUCCGUUCUCGCCCAGAAGUCAUUCCCUAA